GUGGCAACAGUAAGCGCGUGUUGAGAAACUCUUUCUGAACUGGAUCAGUUCUUCUCCUACUGAGGAGGUUUCAAGAGUCCGUGAGUUCACAGAGAAGAAGGAGUGUUGAGAACCGGCCUGAGUGUUUGAGUCUCCAGAGGAAACGUUUCACCUCCUGCAGCAGCAAUGACUCCAGCUGAGGCUCUGAGAGAGUUUAUUCAGCAGCGACUCACUGCUGCUGCUGCAGAAAUCUUCACCGCGUUUCAACAAACUAUCAUCCAGUACGAGAAGGAGAUGAACGUUCAGGACAGACUGCUGGAAAUCACAGGAGAACUUCCAGCCCCGCUCUCCACAACAGAGAGUCCACAGCAGCACAGCAGGAACCAGAAGACCAGUUCCAGUGGUGAGCAGGAGGAACAUGGAGCUCCACACCUGAAAGAGAAGGAGGGUGUUGUUGAGAGGAGCGUUCCUGAUGGAGGAAGUGAGGAUUCCCACCACUCUGUGAGAGACUCCACCAGCCGGAGACUCUCUGCUGCUGCUGUGGAAAUCUUCAGCCUGUUUCAACAAACUAUCGUCCAGUACCAGGAGAAGAUCGAUCGCCAACGCAGACUGCUGGACGUCAUCUUCCAACCUCAAAUCAAGCUACACAGAAUCGAGCUCCAACAGCGACGUGACUCUCGAGGGGAGCAGGAAACAAACUACUCUCUAGAAAAAAAGGAACCAGAACCUCUAGAGAUUAAAGAGGAACGAGAAGAACAAAGACCUCCCCAGAUAAAAGAGGAACCAGAAGAACCAGGACCUGCACAGGUUGAGCAACACGAGGAUCUGGGUUCCAGCCAGAUGGGGGCGCGGCCUGUUGUGACGUUUGAAAGUGAAACCUUGAAGGUUCCUUCUGUUGAGGAGCUGAGUGACCUGAGUGACCCAGAAGAAGAACCAGACCCUGAGCAGCUCCUCUCUCAGGACUCUGAAGUCCACCAUGAGAAUCACCUGAUUGACUUUCCAGUUUCAGAGAAGCAGGCUGAAUGUGAGGAAACGGUUGGUGAACCUGUCCGUAAAAAGCCAAAACUAUGUAGGAAGGCAAGAACGGUCACUGAUCAGAAGAAAACUUGUGAAAUAUGUGGAAAAAGCUUCAGUUUGAAGUGUCAUUUGUUGGUCCAUAUGAGGAUUCACACAGGUGAGAAGCCAUAUUCGUGUGAAGCAUGUGGAACAAGUUUCAGUAAACAGAGUCAUUUGUUGGUCCACAUUAGAACUCACACAGGUGAGAAGCCGUACUCUUGUGAAACAUGUGGAAAAAGUUUCACUCGACAUAGUUCUUUGUUUGACCACAUGUGGAUUCACAAAGGUGAGAAGCCAUAUUCCUGUGGAACAUGUGGGAUGAGCUUCAAGUAUAAAAGUCAUUUGUCGCGUCACUUUAGAACUCACACAGGCGAGAAGCCGUAUUCUUGUGGAACAUGUGGAAAAAGUUUCAGUGUACAGGACAGUUUGUUACGACACGUGAGAACUCACACAGGCGAGAAGCCGUAUUCUUGUGGAACAUGUGGAAAAAGUUUCAGUGUACAGAACAGUUUGUUACGACACAUGAGAACUCACACAGGUGAGAAGCCGUAUUCUUGUGAAACAUGUGGAAAAAGCUUCAGUUACCAGUCUUAUUUGUCAAUCCACAUGAGGAUUCACACAGGUGAGAAGCCGUGUUCUUGUGGAACAUGUGGGAUGAGAUUUACUCAUCGUAGUUCAUUGCUGCACCACCUUAAAAGUCACAAUUAGAUGAAGCCAUGAAAGGCUCUCUUGGAGAGCUCAUUCAGGAAGUUCAGCUUGAUCCCCAAACCACAAACUUCAGGAGUUUUUUCUUUGUGGUCCGUCACAAUAAUGUGAAAUUUCAAGAAAUGAAGAUUAAAUGUUGACAUGAAUUCAAUGGC